GUUGUUUGUAUUUGUGGCGUUUGAGAUUGCUGCACUGUCAACAAACACGGCAUCUGAGGAUGCAACUGCAUCACGAAAUAAUCUACGUCUUUUUCCGUUUGGUAGUGCAUCUGGGAGCAAUUGAUUGCUAUGUUGCAAGGAUGCCGAAUGGGCCGUGGCGAUUCCGGCAAAGCCAUCCCGAAUCUCCUGUAUUACCGGUGGGACCAAGCUAGCCUUCAUGGCAUCAACAGCAGCUGUGAGGGCUGCCUGAAACCCAACCUGCAUACCCAUGCCCUUGAUCGCCUUGCUACGCGGAUUCCCGAUGGCGUUAGUACACCCAAUGCAACUCCAGUGCAGGGAGGCCAUCCGUUUCACUUCGUCGAUGACCGAUACAGGCACCUUAGUGCACGCCAGAUGAUGCCACUGCAGAUGAACGUCGAAGGAGCCACAAAUAAAAUCCAAAUAUAUCGCGAACACGGUGGUUCUCGUCAGGAACACGAUGGCAGGGUCAGGAGACUACACUUAUGGACACACUAAAACUGGUGUUGAUUAUAGCAAAACCAGAUUACACCAAUAAAACAGCGGAUAAAUGCGGAGCGAUAGCAGUAGUCACGCUAUGUUGACAACUGUCAAAGA